CGUAUAUUAAAAACCUUUGUAAUCCACAUGAUUUGAAAAACCCAUUUCCACAACUCACUUUGAUUCUUUCUUCUCAUUCAACCACACAUUCUCUCUUUCUCUCUCCUAAAAUCCCUCGCCCCGUGUCCCUCUUUCUCAAGAUUCUCUCUCUCCAUAUCAAUUCCUUCUCUCUUAUCGCUCCUCCAUAUAUCUCCCCUUCCCCCACUUCCUCAUUCUCUCUCUCCUUCGUCUUCCAAAUCAACAACUCUUCUCUGAGUCUCUCAUAUAUUUCCUUCAAAUCAUUUGGAUUAUUAUACUUACAAAGACGACCAACAAUGGCGGAUAUCAUUCGGAGAAAUUGUGAGCUUUGUGCCGGGGAAGCGUCGGUGUACUGCCCCUCCGAUAACGCGUUUCUUUGUUACACUUGUGAUACCAAGGUCCACUGUGCGAAUUUCCUUGUUGCGCGUCAUGUUCGCUCUUUGAUCUGUCCUAAUUGUCGGACAACGGACGGGAAUCGGUUUUCCGGUGCCGGAGUUCCUACUCCGGCGACGAUAUUUUGUAACGAUUGCUCUCCUCAGAAGGAGGAUUCUGUUGAGGAUGGUUCUCACUCCUCGUAUUCUUCCUGCAUUUCAAGCACCGGUGAGGAGGCGGCAGUGUCGUCGUCGUCGACUAUGUCGAGGAAGAGAGUGAAGGUUGAUGUGCGGAGGAGAGAGAAAGGGACGGCUGUGGUGGAUUUGAAGGUGGAGGGUGUUUUGGUAAAUUGGUGCAGGAGGAUGGGGGUGGUAGAGGAAAAAGAUGUUUCUCAGGUGGUUAACAUGGCGGUUGAGUUGCUAAGUGGUUGCUUGGACGGAAUUACAGUCUGGCCCUUUCGGGUUUCAUUAGCGGCAUCCUUCUGGGUAGCGGUUAGGGUUUGCUGCCGCCGUGGUGGUGGUGCGAGAUGCUUAUCCCCGCCGCCGACGACUCAGGAUCUCAGGCGGGUGGAGCAGAUCUCGGGAGUUCCAGCUAAGCUGAUCAUAGCCACCGAAGCCAAGCUGGCGCGUGUGAUCAAACGCAGAAGCUCACGUGUGAAUCACGAGGAAGGCUGGGCUGAGUGCUAAUCGUAAUUUCCAAACCAUAAAUAGCAAAAAAAAAAAAAAAAAACAGAAAUUAGUUUGUUUCAAUAUUACUAAAAGAAACAAAAGGAUGAGUAGGAUUUCUAUGGUGGAAUGGUAGAUUGGUAGGUUUAAUAUGUGGUGUUUGUUUUUUCAUUUGUUAUUUGGGAAUGAAUGUAUAUCUAAACUAAAUCCAGAUCAUGGUAAUUUUGUGAUUAUCAUACAAUUGCAAAGUAUUCGUACGCUUUAUUAUUCA